UCGACAAGUUUAUGGAGGACGGGAAGGGAAGCGGCGAGUCGCACGACGACAGCGACGAUUUUUAGGACGGCCUGUUGUCUCUCAGCGCCUAAGAAUCCGCCUAAGCGGUGAUCAAAUCUUAUCGAUAGAUACCUCAUAUCAUCAUGGCGGAUGUUCCGGAUUACGAGGGUGACGACGAGAUCAUAGAGCAUUACGAGAAUCAAGAAUCCGACGACGAGCGUGGUAGUCACGGGGGAGCGGAGGAUGCGACUUCCGACAACGAGACGGGAACCGCGCGGAGGAUUGAUCCAUCCAAGUCGAAGUCGCAUGUAGUGAGAAACCCUGCGCCCAAACUCAACACCGAGAGAUUGAAGGGCCCCAAUGGUGUCCAAACCAUCGAGAAGUAUUUCGAAGGCUUCAAGUUCUACGGCAAGGGACACGAGAGAACGGACCUCGACAGAAUCAUGAAGAGGCUGGAACAUUGGUCCCACCGAUUAUUUCCCAAGUACCAUUUCGAUGAUUUUCUCACGAGAGUCGAGCAAUUGGGGACGAAGAAGGAUUUGCAGGUGUUCGUCAAGAAAUAUCGGUUGGAUAUGAUUACCUCGGACAAUAAUUUGAUCACCGACGACAACAUGGAUAGGGACGACGAGGACGAGCAGGAGGAGAGCGCGCCUAUGGAUGACUUCGAUUUGCUGAUAACGGAACAAAUUCAAAAGCAAAAGCAAGCUGAAACGCGAGCUUCCGUUGUUACUUCAAACGAUGAAGCGUUCGACAGGCUCUUAACGCAGUCUGCUGCUACGCAAAAUUCACAAGUAUCGCAUACAGAUACUACCACUACAGAUACAGUUACUAACGAAUUCAAUGACGAAGUGAAACAAAGAAUCGAGAGGAACAAGCAACUGGCCAUUCAGAGAAGACUCCAAAAGCAGAGAGAGCGUGAGGAAGAAGUUAAGAGAGCGAAGUUGAUCGAUGACACGAAUGCGGAAGCUCUGAACGAAAGCGAUAAUCUUGCAGUCCAUGCCGAGACGGAUGUAUCCCAGGUGGACGGCAUGCGAUCGCAAAUUAACGAAAAUACAAAUGAGGCAACCGUUAAUGAGUCACGAGACGAUGUCAAUCAAAAUGAGGAGCCAGUGAAUGAAACAUCCCAUAUUUAAGUGAAAUACAUCUUACGAUAAUUUAUUAAGUUUUUACUGUCCAUAGGAGACAUCAUAUAGACGCAUCUAUCAUAAAGUAUAAAAAUUGUCUCAUUAGAAUGUCUCACUAGAAUUAUCAUAUACUUAGAAGUAAACCAAUAUGUAGUUCUUUAGAGGUAUAUGUAAAGAUGAAUUUUUUAAAAUGCUUAUUAAAUAAACAGUUAGUUUUUAUUUA